ACUUUCAUUAUUGAAAAAAGAAAGUCUACAAACAAAGAAUGGAAUCAAUGGAGUUUUGAGAACACCUAUGGUGAGUGGUUUAUCGGCGGCGUGAACAGGCGGAAGAGAAAGGACGCGUUCGGAAAUGGAGAGCUCUGCUCAUUGAACACCUGGAGUGUCACUGAAUCACUGAUGAUUGUAUAAGCUAAGCUAGGAAAAUGAGGUUUUUCCUAAGGUAAUGGUUUUUCUGAUUUCUGGACAACUGUAAUUUGAUCCGCGAUGAUCAGUAUCGUUUUCAGCUUUUGCUUGACGGCGGCCGUGCUGGCAUUGGCAUCACCUGGCGGCGGCGUUGCAGGAGGAGGAGGAGGAGGAGGAGCAGCUUUCGUGAACGAAAGUGAAAUUUAUACUAAUAAUAACAGUGGUAAUGGAGCGGUUAUAGAGUUACAGGGCGGACCAGAGGAUGUGGCGUGGAUUGUUCAGCUCUCUGAUCUGCACUUUAGCGCACACCAUCCGGAGAGAGCCGUCGACUUCAAGGACAUCGUGGGCCCUACUCUCGCCAUGGUUAAUCCUUCCCUGGUAUUCAUCACUGGUGACCUUACCGAUGCAAAAAGCAAAGAUUUACUAACAACAAAGCAAGAUGAAGCGGAGUGGGCAGAAUAUCAGAAAGUGAUGGGAGAUGUUAUUAAAAGGAGUGGACUGAAGAUAAACAAUUUCUUUGAUCUAAGAGGAAAUCAUGAUACUUACGGUGCAAGCAUUGGUGGUGCAUUUGAUUUUUACUCAAAAUAUAGCAUCAAUGCACAGCUGAGAAGAACUGGACUGGUCAACAGUGUUAGAGUUCAGACUGGCACACACAGUAUACUUUUUGUCGGGUUUGACAGCACAAUGUCUUCAGGGUUACGAGGCCCAACUAACUUAUUUGGUCAUCCAACUGAUCAGCUAUUAACUGAAAUAAACUCAGAACUCUCACAAUGGAACACUCAACCUACAAAAUCUGUUCUCAAGAUUUCAUUUGGGCACUUUCCCCUUUCCCUUUCUGCCCCAGCAUAUUCUGGGAGGACUCUGAAGGAUGUAUUUCUGGACCAAUCUGUGUCCAUUUACUUGUGUGGGCAUCUACAUAGAACAUUUGGAACAAAUUUAAAAUGGGUUCAUGAAAGACCUAAACACUUUUCUAUGAAGGCCAAUGAAGUUCACGAGUUUUGGGAGUGGGAAUUGGGUGAUUGGAAGAAGAGCAGAACAAUGCGCAUCUUGGCCAUUGAUAGAGGCUGCAUAUCAUUUAUUGAUGUUGACUUCAGAUUGGGUAUGAAAGAAACUAUUAUAUUGCCUACAUUCCCACUUGACUCGCGUUUUAUUUUGGACAAGUCUCAGUCAGUGGAUCCUACAUUUUACAGCUAUAUCAGAGCGCUUGUGUUUUCUUCAUUACCAAUGGUGUCUGUUGUGGCCAGAAUCUAUGAUUCAAGGCCUGGAAAUCUCAUGUUAGCAUUCGAGUCUCCAAUGAAGAAAAUUGGGAAUGCCUCAAGGGGGGACCUCUAUAGUUGCCCCUGGAAUUUCAAAGCCUUUGAAGAUCCAUCACCUGAACGAUUCUUGUUACAAAUAGAGGCAGUUGAUAUUAGAGUAAGAUCAUCUUUGACUGAAUUACGACCAUUUUCUGUUGGUGGUCGACGUGCUAUGCUCUCACAGAAUUGGAAAGAGUUUAUUGUUAUGGGUUAUCAAUGGGAUGCUUUAUAUUACCCAUUGUUGUGGUCCUUCUACAUGUUUAUUCUAUCCACUCUACUAAUUCCAAAAGCCAUAUUAUCAUUUUCUAGAAAGCAAUAUACUUACAAAAAUUUCAAUACGAACAGAGGACUAGCAAGUUAUGUAACAUGGAUUACGAUGGAACUAUACAGUAUUCCACGGGUAUGGUGCUGUAUAAUUGCUUACUUGUUUUACUUCAUAUUAUGUCCUUGGCUUUGUGGCCAAGGUCUUGUGGAUGGAAAAAAGUUAUACAUGACCUAUCGAGGUUGGGCAUUGAAGUUCAACUCAAAAGAACAACAGUUUGAAGGGUUUCCGGAUAUAAUGGUGAUUGUUAUUCCACACCUUUAUGUUGUGGUUUUGCCUACUGUGUUUGUAAUUGGAGCAUUGGUUGCCGAAACAGGAAUUCACCGAGAUAAUAUACGUGUACUUUCCAGUAAAAAAGAGGAUGAUUAUGAUGCAAAGAAUAAGGGAUCGAAUUCAUUUACUCAUGGAAGAAAUUAUAGCUUGAAACUGGUACUUUUUCGUGUGCGAUGGAUUAGGAAAGUUCUCCUGGUGUUUUGUCUGACAAUUUGUUGUAUCCAUUUUUUGAGUUGCCUAGCUCUUUCCAAAGCAUAUGAGAUGAACCCAUUUGUCCACUUCCCAAUUUAUAGCAUGUCUAUUCCACUGUUAAUGGUGUAUGCAAUCUACAGAACUGGUAGCACUUUUUAGAAAGUAAGCCUGUAAAUGCUGAUCUUUAUACAUCUUAUAUGGCUUUCUUGUAAAAAAAAAUAAAAUUCUAAAGUAUUAUUAAUAUUAAUAAUAAGCUCAAAUCUGUUUUGGAUGAGAAACUGUUUCCCCGACUUGAUACUAGUAUAAGUUUCUUUGAUGGUGCUGUUGAUAUAAAAAUUUGCUUUGUUGCGUAUCAUCUCUGUUCGCCUAGUCUUUAAAUGUGACAGUAUUGAAGGCUGACCUUGAAGCAAAGGCAUGAAAGAAAGUGUGUCUGCCGGCCCUUUGAUCAUCUUCAAAAGCAUUUAUAAUGGCUUCUUCCUACGGACAUGACAAGGUAUUUGAACCCCAAGGUAAUAUAUCAGACAGGCAACACGAGCAUGGAGAAAAAGAGAGCCAUAAAGAUAGAAUAUAGUACUUUUAUAGUCUAAAUCUGUCUGCUUGCGGCCACAAAAUGCACUGGCCUGAGUAAAAGAUAUAUGGGUAUGCAGUAGCAGUAUUAAAUGGAAAGGUAUGGGAGGUGUUGCAACUACUUUACUAUGUAGUAAAUGCAAUAAAUACAAUAUUCCCUUCUAUACCAGGAUCCCCUAAAACAGGCUUCAAAAUCGUCACAAAGUGUGCUCUCUCAUGGGAGAUUUGUCAACCUUUCUGAACGGGAAUAGGAAAAAGAAUCGUUGUAACAUAUUGUUCAGCCAAAGAAUGCUGCUCCAAUCAUAUACCUGAAACAAUUUCCCUGUACAGCUCAAACUCUAUAGCACAUACCAUCAAAAGAUGAUUAAGGAUUUACUAUUUCAUGCAAAACCAACUCUUUCUUGGGAGUUAUAUUAUAUGUACUACCAUUUUAUUAUAAAUCGUUGAUUAUAAGAGGCCACCUUUUUUUAUUUUACUUGCAUCACCAAUGCAAUGUUACUCCUAAAAAAACAAGGUUGCAGUCCAUGGUUCUCUUACAAAAAUUUGGUUUGUCAAAAAGAAAAAG